CCACAGCUCCAGUUCGGCCUCCUUGGCUGUUUGGAGUGCCCAGUCUCUGGAUCCAAACUCUUGGCUUCGCAGGCACGAUCCAUGGCUGCGUUGAGCUUCACGAGGCUGAGGUGGGCUCUCCUGGGCACGCGCUUGGUGGGCCGUGGCCUCUGGCCACAAGGAACCAGAGCCAAGGCCGCGAUCCCAGCCGCCCUCCCGGCGGACGAGAGUACGGAGGGUCCUGGAACAACAACAGGUCAGGACCCACGGCGGCUGCGGAGUCUGGCGGAGCUUCCGCACAUCGGAUCUCUGCGCUCUUUAUUCCAGCUAUUCCUACGAGGCUAUGUGCUGCACUUGCACGAACUCCAGGCGCUGAACAAGGUCAGGUAUGGUCCAAUAUGGACAUCCUCUCUCGGGACUCACAGCCUAGUGAAUCUGGCCAGUGCCUCACUCUUGGAGCAGUUGAUGCGACAGGAGGACAAGCACCCCACGAGAGACCGCAUGGAGCAGUGGAGAGAUCACCGAGACUACAAGGGCUUCACCUAUGGGAUCUUCACCACACAAGGACAGCAGUGGUUCCAGCUGCGUAAGGCUUUGAACCAGAGGCUGCUGAAGCCCGCUGAGGCAGCACUCUACACAGAUGCCCUCAAUGAGGUGAUCAGUGACUUUAUGACUCGGCUGGACCAGGUGCUUGCUGAGAGUGCGUCAGGGGACCUGGUGCCAGAUGUGGCUCAACAUUUCUAUUACCUUGCCUUGGAAGCCAUCUGCUAUAUCCUCUUUGAGAAAAGGAUUGGCUGCCUGGAGCCCUCCAUCCCUGAGGACACUUCCACCUUCAUCAGAUCUGUUGGGCUUAUGUUCCAGAACUUGCUCUAUGUUACUUUCCUUCCCAAGUGGACUCGUCCUCUGCUGCCCUUUUGGAACCGAUACCUGAAUGGCUGGGAUAACAUUUUCUCCUUUGGGAAGAAGCUGAUUGAUCAAAAAGUCAAGGAGAUUGAAUCCCAGCUACAGGCAGCUGGGCCAGAUGGGGUCCAGAUAUCCGGCUACCUGCACUUCUUGCUGGCCAAUGAAUUGCUCAGUCCUGAGGAGGCCAUUGGCACCUUUCCUGAGCUGCUCUUGGCUGGGGUGGACACGACAUCCAACACAAUGACCUGGGCCCUGUAUCACCUUUCAAAGAACAAGGAGAUCCAGGAGGCCUUGCACAAGGAAGUGACUGGUGUGGUGCCCUUUGGGAAGGUGCCCCAGAAUAAGGACUUUGCCCACAUGCCCCUGCUCAAAGCUGUGAUUAAGGAGACUCUGCGCCUCUACCCCGUGGUCCCCACAAACUCCCGGAUCAUCACGGAAAAGGAAACUGAAGUUGGUGGCUUCCUCUUCCCCAAGAACACCCAAUUUGUGUUAUGCCACUAUGUGGUGUCCAGGGAUCCCAGUGUCUUUCCUGAGCCUGAGAGCUUCCAGCCUCACCGAUGGCUGAGGCAGAAAGAGACUGAUAACUCCGGGGUCCAACACCCAUUCGGCUCUGUGCCCUUCGGCUAUGGGGUUCGGUCUUGCCUGGGCCGCAGGAUUGCUGAGCUGGAGAUGAAACUGCUGCUGUCAAGGCUGAUACAACAGUAUGAAGUGGUCCUGGCUCCUGGGAUGGGAGAAGUGAAGUCUGUGGCCCGCAUCGUCCUGGUUCCUAACAAGAAGGUGAGCCUGCGCUUUCUGCAGAGACAACCAUGAGCUGGGCUCCUGCCUCCAUUGGGGGCAUGUCCAGAAACCUUGGCACAGUGAUCCCUGACCAGUAUCGUGUCACAAGUCAGGAAGACAGAUUCAACAGGGGAGCUCUAUGACUUUCCUAUAGAAGGGCCCUGAAUGUCCAGCACAACCUCUACUGAGCAGCACUCACUUAAGACAAUAGAGCACCUUGGAUCACAUGGCAGUCCUUGGGUACAAUUUAAAAUA